GCUGGAGGCGGUUCUGUCCCACUUGACCGGAGUCCGCUGUCGUCAGACCGGGGUUAAGCACUCAUUACGUCUCGUUCUGUGCUCGGUACGGUCCCGCCAUGCGUCCUCUCGUGCUCCUCGGCCUUGCCGCCGUCUUACAGGUCGCGUAUGCCCAAGUAGGAUACAACGUGCUCUACAACUGGCGAGAUAAAGUACACGAUCAGGGUCCUAAUGUGUGCGCUGUGGAAGUAGUCGAGGACACGAACAAACAGUACUGGACCAGCUGCAGGACGUUCUGGAACCGCCAGAUAUGCGAGAGACAAACGAUGAUCCGUUAUGAGUGCUGUACUGGCUAUGGGGAGAUCCCAGGGGAAAAGGGCUGUACAACAGAGCUUCCUCUGAAGAACAUCCCAGCGACCCUGGAGGAUACAGGAGCCGACACCAUGCUGCUGUACACCACCCGGGCCGGCCUCACUGAUCAGCUGGAGAACGAGGGAGCCUUCACCGUCUUCGCCCCCAGCAACGAGGCGUGGGCGGAACUACCACAGGAAGUGAUCGACGCCCUGGUGUCUAACGUGAACGUGGAGUUGAGGAACGCCCUGCUGUACCACAUGGCUGAGGGUGUGGAGGAGAUCAACGACUUCGCCAACGACCGGAUGCUGAGGACGAUGUACCGUAACUCCCCCAUGCGCAUCAACAACUACGCAGACAGUAUUUACACCGUGAAUUGCGGACGCGUCCUGCGGCCCAACCAGCGCGCAACUAACGGCAUCGUCCACAUCAUCGACAAGGUGGUCACUCCCACUACCGGCACCAUCGACGACUUCGUCAGCAACAACGACCGGUUCGCCACCCUCAGGACCGCCAUCACGGCUGCCGGACUGUCGGAGGCUAUCCAGGGCGAGGGACCCUUCACUCUGUUCGCCCCGACCAACGAAGCCUUCAACAAGAUCCCACCAGAGACGCUCAACAGGAUUCUCGGAGAUGCCGAUUCUCUCGACGCCCUGUUGAAGUACCACAUCCUUGACUACGGGUUCUGUUCUGCCUUCAUCACCCGUCGGCACAAGCUGCGCACCAUGGAGGGGUCCCGCGUCAACGUGUCCUGUGGCCGCGGGGAGGUCGGCGACGAGUUCCGCGUGAACCAGGAGGUGAAGAUCGUGGAGUCCGACAUCGUCACCGACAACGGCAUCAUCCACGUCAUCGACUCUGUACUCAUCCCCAACGCAGCCAAGAACGUUGCUGAGAUGUCAGAGACUGUUGCUCCUCCUAAGAUCAACGAGUACCUGUCCUCUUCCGGGCUCAUCGAUGAGAUGGCGGAGGGCGGACCCUGGACUAUCCUCGCGCCCACGGACCAGGCUUUCGAAGCCCUGCCAGCGGAUGUCGUGUCCAGACUGGGCAGCGACACGGCGUUCCAGAAGGAGGUCCUGAGCAGGCACAUCGUGGAGGGGCAGCUCACCGGCCGCAAGCUCAUCGAGGGGCAGGAACUCCAGUCCAUAGAUGGCGAGACCACCCUAAGGACUUCACUUUACAGAAAGACGUUCUGCAUUGACAACGCCUGUGCGUACAAGGGCGACCACGAGGCAAACAACGGCGCUGUGAUCCUGAUCGACAAAGUCCUGCUGCCGGCAGAGGGGAGUCUGUGGGACCUGAUUAACCAGGACGGCAGCUUCAGCACGCUGAAGACGGCCAUUCAAACUGCCGGUCUUGUCGAUGUCUUCAAGAACCCAGCCGUCUUCACCGUCUUCGCUCCGACCAACGAGGCCUUCGAGAACCUGCCAGCCGGUACCCUGGACGAGCUGCUCGCCAGUUCCGAGGACCUGACCAACCUGCUGCAGUACCACGUCAUCGGGCAGAUGUGGCACCGCAAGGCCAUGAGGCCGAACAUCAAGUACCGCCUGCCGUCCGUCCAGGGACGGAAGUUGGAGAUGAUUCGCGCUAAGGAAGAGGGCAGUAACGAGUACGUCGUGACGAUCAACGGUAAGGCGAAGAUCACCCAGGGCGAGACGCUCGCCACCAACGGUCUGCUGCACGUCAUCGACCAGGUGCUCAUACCUGGACAGAAGGGCAGCGCGAACGGCGAGGGCGACGGCGAAGGCGGAAACAACCUGAUCAGUGUGAUCAAUGGUGGCCGGGAGACGAUCGGGGGCGGCGCGGGAGAGGGCGGCAGUGUGUCCGUCAGCGUGGGCGAGGGAGCCGGCGGCGAGGGCAGCGUGAUCGUCGGGGAGGGCGAGGGUGCCAGCAACGUGGUGACGGGAGACGGCGGCCCCAGGGUCAUCAAGGUGACCAGCAGGGUGACUCUGCCCGGCUCCGGUCCCUCCAUCUGGGACAGCAUCGAUCAGGAUGCAGACUUCAGUAUCCUGAAGUCUGCCAUCUCCACAGCCCAGCUUGAGGACAUGUUGGACAGGCCCGGGACCUACACCUUCUUCGCGCCCACAGACCGCGCCUUCAACGCGCUGCCCGAGGACGCCCUGCCCAACCUGCUGGCCAACCCAGAACAGCUCUCCGAGAUUCUGGAGUACCACGUGGUUGAAAACGUCCUGAACAGCAAGGCCGUGUCUCCAGGCGUGGCCAUCCCCUUGGCAACCCUGCAGGGAGGUCAGGUGACCGUCAGGAACGUGAAUGGCGUCGUCACCGUGAACUCCGCCACCGUCGAGCGCGCCGAUCUCAUCAACACCAACGGCAUCAUCCACGUCAUCGAC